AGACGUGAACAACAACAACAACACAAAAAUGUCGACGAAAGCGGUGCCUAAAGGUGCUAGCGAAAGGGCACCGUUCUUGGAGGAUGCCAAGACGAUGACGCCGCCCAGAGAUAACUAUCUUCUCGUAUAUUUCAUUGCACUCCUUCAUGGUAUAGGAGUUUUGAUGCCAUGGAAUAUGUUCAUCACCAUAGCCCCUCAGUAUUACGUCGAUUAUUGGUUUUCUCCAAAUAACACACCUACUGACUAUUCGAAGAACUUCAUGAGCUCACUGGGGAUCGCCUCACAACUGCCCAAUGUGCUCAUUAACAUCAUCAACACUUUUGCAGUAAUAGGAGGUGCUCUGCUUCUACGCAUCGCAGGUCCAAUCGUGAUAAACUGCAUCAGCGUUUUCGCAGUGGUGAUGUUGAUCACUUUUGUUCCGCCGACAGAAGAUGCCAUGGGCUGGUUCUACAUUCUCACUCUGGUCAUCGUAGCCAUCCUCAACCUUUCCAAUGGUCUUUACCAGAACUCCACAUACGGUCUCUUCGCCGACUUUCCAGCAAAGUAUACCAAUGCUCUCGUGCUCGGAAAUAACCUCUGCGGUACUUUUACCACGGUGCUAUCGAUUAUUGUGACUAUGAUCCUCAGUGACGUACGAUCAAUCGCUAUCACCUACUUUUCCAUAUCUCUCUUCAUCCUCGGCUUGUGUGGUUUAUCGCUUAUAGUCCUUGUUAGACAGAAGUUCUACACUUACCACAUCGAAAAAGGAAUAGCAGCGAGAAGUCAAGCAGAUACAUCCAAACCAGGAUUUUCGCAAUUUAUAGAAUGCUUCAAAAUGUGCUGGGUGCAACUUUUCAACGUCUUCUUCAUUUUCUUCGUCAGUCUCACGAUAUUUCCUGCUAUGAUGGCCGCCACACCUUACUACAUGGAACCAGGGCAAAAGUGGAACUCGAUUUGGCCAGAGCGUCUCUACACUUUCAUCACGUGUUUCCUCUCCUUCAAUCUGUUCGCCACAGCUGGCUCAAUGACUGCCAACUUCAUACAAACACCUCGUCCAAAGUACCUCUGGAUUCCGGUGCUCCUUCGAGUUCUCUUCAUUCCCUUCUUUAUGUUCUGUAACUACAGACCAUUCGAUAGGACACUACCUGUAAUAUUCAAAUCUGAAUUCCUAUUCCUAAUAGGAGGCAUUUUGAUGUCGUAUACAUCCGGUUACUUCAGCUCUCUCGCCAUGAUGUACGCUCCAAGGGUAUGUCCAGAGCGAUACGCAAAGACAGCGGGUAUGAUGGCAGCCCUAUGUUUGAUUCUGGGUAUAUUCUCUGGUGUGUCAUUUACGCUAGUUGUCGCGCAGAUAACAACAUCGUCCUGAUCACGGUUGAAGAAUGUGCUGGAGAACACUAUUAUCGCAACUCCGAAGAGCUCUUAACUCUAUGCUUUCAAUAAGGACUUUAGAGAUCAGACAUCAAACAUUAACUCCUUUCACUUGCUAGCAUAGUUUCUAUUUUUCAAGUAGAAGCAGUGAUGAGAAGAACUUGUAACUAUAAAAUCAAAAUCAAC